UGCUCCCGGCUUCUGCUCUAAGUGGACAGCAAAUACCUCUACCUGCACCUUUGUCUCUCUCAGUCGUAAAAUAAGCCCCCGUCUCUCAUCAGCAAACAGUCUUGCCUCUUUGAAGAGAUCGACGGAGCUGCAGCAUGGUGUCUGGUGGAAGACAGAUUCUGGGCAUGUCCCUGGCCUUUAUCGGCUUCGUGGGGAGCAUCAUCAUCUGCGCUAUCCCCACCUGGAAAGUAACAGCCUUCAUCGGUUCCAACAUCGUCACUUCUCAGGUGAUCUGGGAAGGUCUGUGGAUGAACUGCGUGACACAGAGCACAGGCCAGAUGCAGUGCAAGGUCUACGACUCUCUGCUGGCCCUACCUCAAGACCUGCAGGCCGCCAGAGCGCUCGUCAUCCUCGCCAUCAUCAUCGGGGUCGUUGGGAUCCUUCUUUCAAUCAUCGGGGGCAAGUGCACCAACUUUGUGGAGGAGGAACGGCAAAAGUGCAAAGUGGCCAUAGCUGCCGGCAUCGUCUUCAUCAUCGCCGGCCUCAUGGUGCUGAUCCCCGUCUGCUGGACGGCCAACACCAUCAUUCGGGAUUUCUACAACCCUGUCAUCACCAACGCUCAGAGGAGGGACCUCCUCACCAUGGCCUCGAUGGGGAUGCAGAUGCUGGCCAGCGCCCUGUGCCUCCUGGGCUGGGCAGGGGUCAUCUUCAGCUGCCUGCUGCCCAUGUGGAGGGUCACGGCCUUCGUGGGCAGCACCAUCGUCACCUCCCAGACUAUCUGGGAGGGCAUCUGGAUGAGCUGCGUGGUGCAGAGCACCGGGCAGAUCCAGUGUAAGCCGUACGAGUCCCUCCUCGCUCUGAGCUCUGACCUGCAGGCCGCCAGGGCUCUCACCGUGCUCGCCAUCACUACCGGCGCCGCAGGCCUCAUACUGGCCUUCAUCGGGGGGAAGUGCACUCGCUUCUUGGACGAAGAAGGCGGCGGGGUUAAGAGAAAGGUGGCUGUGGCGGCGGGGGCCGUGUUGAUCGCCACGGGGCUGCUGUGUUUGAUUCCCACGUCCUGGGCGGCCGGGGCGGUGGUGAGAAAGUUCUACAGCGCCUCCAUAGACGCCCAGCGCAGAGAGAUCGGAGCCUGUCUGUACAUCGGCUGGGGGGCGUCCAUCCUGCUCAUUCUGGGAGGGGGCUUGUUCAUCAGCUCAGCGUGCCCCAUCAAAGCCCAUGACGAGGACAAGAGCCCCUCCGUCCGCUACCUGGUGGUCCGCUCCUCCAACGGGUCCAGCCAGGCAGGUUCUCGUCGCAUCAGGGUGCCGUCAGCGAGGACCCAGCCUGUCGCAGCAGGGUUCCCCCGGUCUCAGAGCAACGAGGGAGCGUCCACAAAGUCUCAGCUGUACACGAGGCCCCCCCUGGCGAACGGGCCGGAGCCGGGCUCCGGGCACGAGUCGGAAAGAUCGUGGGCACCAUCAACCAAGUCUCAGAUGAAGAGGCCGGAAUCGACGAAGUCUGAGGAGAGCGAGGCGUUGUCGACAAAGUCUCAGCUGAAACGAGCCGAACUGGAGGAGAAUUUGUCCGACAAGAGUGAACAUGAGGACACGUCCUCGAAUCCAGCAAGAACAUACCUCUAAUAUGCACUCACUUACAUUUACACACUUUAUAUAUAUAUAUACACACACAUACGUUUUAUGUACUACGAGUUAUUUUGAAGAACUUGUUUACUUGUUUUGUAGUUGCUUAGUUGUGAAAAGUAGCUCAUGAAGGAUAAUCGUCUUUGACCUCAUGUUGUUUAGAUUGAAGUAAAAAAAAAAAAAAGUCCUGCAGUACGUUCACCAG